AUGUACACCAGAAUGAUGAUGAAUUAUGAGGACGCUCCAAUAGAAGAUCGCAAUCGUCACGAGGUCAAAGACCUCUCUAUAGAGGAAGUACAGGAGAAACUUGAAGCUCUCAAGAAAAAAUUAGAUGAUGGGAGCUUUAGUUGGAUUUCACUAGACAAGUCCAACGUGACCUAUGGUGAGUGCAGCGAUGGCGUCAAACGUCUUACAGUGAAGGAUACAGAUAAACGAUCUAAACCAAGAGCUGAAAAAAGAGAAAAGACCCUUUCGAUGGUUGAUCUUAUUCUCGGGUUCUUCCAAGCAAACAAGCGAGAAACACAUCUUGGGGUGUUUUACGUAGGGAAUAAUACCGCCAGUUCAUUGUUUACACAAGACGAGGAGUACGCAAUUCUUAAUGACAUCUGUUGCACUAUAGGCUGCACCAGUUCAAGUCUCUACAUAGAUGAUGCUAGUGUAAGAGGCGUUGUUGGAGGUCUGCUUUCGUGGGUGCAGAAUGGGUACGAAACCGAUUGUCGAAGCCGGGAUGAUGGGGUGGCCAUCCCGUCCAUGCAUUCAGAUAUUAGUUUGAAAAAUUGUGGAGCCAAGUUCGUAUUGGUGGUGGAAAACAAAGCCAGUUUUUAUAAUCUCAUGCAAGACAGGUUUUACCGUGAUUAUCCAUGCAUAAUCAUCACCGGAAUGGGAAAGCCCGGGGUGGCGACCAGAAGAUUUUUAAAGCUAUUGUCGGACAAUUUUAGGCUUCCAGUGUAUGGCCUUUUCGACUGUGAUCCAGCAAGCAUCAAAUUGUUUUCGAUUUAUACUGUUGGGUCAUAUGAGGAGGCCUUCGAUAGUGUAAACUUAACUUGCCCGUAUAUGACAUGGUUGGGUGUUUGGCCGAGUGACCUAUGUGCGCUUGACAUACCCUGCGACGAUAUGAGUCCAAAAGAGAUUAGAGACAUGGAUAAUCUUUUGAAAGAAGAUUUUGUGAAAGAUAAUCCGAGGUUGGUUGAGGAGCUGGAACAUAUGAAAGCGACGGAGAAAAAAGGGAAUCUUGAAGCUUUGAAGGAGUUUGGGCCCACUUUUUUGUCCAAGUGCUAUUUGCCAUAUAAGUUUAAUUAUCUUUUGACCGCCGUUCGCCGUGACAAGUGCGCCAAUUAA